AUGUUUUCCCACAUAUCCACGACGUACAUCUCCGCAUCUACGAAUCGACAUCCUCAUGGUGCAUCUAUCAUAGGGUCUGGGCUUGUUGCUUUGGCUUCGCAUAGAUUUCUCGGAUUCUGGGAUACAACGGAUACUAAUGGUCACGGUGUAAUCGCGACUCUACCUGGUCAUGAUGAAGAAAUCACCGUUGUAAAGGCAUUCUCUGAUACAUUCGUUACUGGGGACAAGCUAGGCCAUGUCAAAAUUUGGAGGAAACGAGGCGACAAGUGGAUAGCUUCACAUUCUUGGCGUGCGCACAAGGAGCCCAUAUCUGCACUAUCUAUAUUCCGGAGCCUAAUCUUAACAGGUUCAUCUGAUGCAACGUUGAAGUCUUGGUAUCGCACUCAAGAUGAGACCGGUGACAAAAUCGAUGAGGGCCAAACAAUUGAUCUAAAGCGGCGCUACCCCCUUGACAUUGCCGUGAGCUCACUACCUGGGUCUUCUGCCCUGAUCAUCGCCGUUGCGACAACAUCAAGAGUUAUCGAUGUAUAUCUCCAAGCCUCAGGGCAAGAAAUAGUUUUUGCACUUUCCCUCGAAGGUCAUGAAGAUUGGAUCAGGGCACUCUCAUUUUCCCCUUUCUCUCCAGAAAGUGACGAUCCGUCUCUGACGCUUGCCUCUGGUGGCCAAGAUAACUACAUUCGACUUUGGCUUAUCAAGCCUACUGUACCCAAACCCGUCAGUUUGGAAUCAACAGAUCCAACGGAUCCAACAGACGAGCUACUAGAUGCGUUCGAGCGCUCCUUGAACGAGGUCGGACUCGACGAGCCGGGGCGUCAGCUCUCAAUGCGAGAGCACGUCUUCUCUGUGAGAGGUUCCGAAGGACAAGCAGUCACCUAUUCUCUGUCAUUUGAUGCACUGCUUGUUGGACAUGAAGCGAGUGUAAAUUCUGUAUCUUGGAAACCUGGUGAUUCUGGGGCACCUCAACUCCUCUCGUCAUCGACAGAUGCAUCCCUCAUCAUCUGGGAACCCAUUGAUUCCGGGGCGGGAGCUAUCUGGGGUUCCGUACAGCGAUUUGGUGACGUAGGAGGGCAAAGAGCCGGAGGGUUUAUUGGCGCGCUCUGGAUCGACCCGACAGGAAUUGCCGGGUGGGGAUGGCAUGGUGGGUGGAGGCGUUGGCAGCGCAGCUCGAACGAACAAGAAGCUUGGUCCGAAAUUAAUGCUCCAACCGGUCAUUACGGACCUGUACGAGGGUUGGCAUGGUCUCCCGAAGGCGAAUAUAUUGUGUCAACUAGUCAGGACCAGACGACUCGCAUCCACGGUCCUGUAGGCGCUUCCCGUACCUGGCAUGAACUUGCACGUCCGCAGGUACAUGGGUAUGAUCUCACCGACGCUGCAUUCGUAGGUCCAGGCGCAUUACGUCUCGCUGCCCGCCCUAUAGGAGCAAGCCUUCCUCCACUGGGGCUAUCCAAUAAAGCUACAGAUAAACUGGAGUCAUCCAACGAAGAUAUGUCACUCCCUCAAGCCCCCACACGUCCACCAUUUGACAGUGAACUUGCAACAAUAACGCUUUGGCCUGAGACCGAGAAGCUUUUCGGGCACGGAUACGAAUUGCAUACACUAGCCGUGUCUCCUUCAGGAAGUCUGGUAGCAACUGCAUGCAGAGCCACUUCUGCAAACCAUGCAGUCGUACGACUUCAUGCGUCAUCAAACUGGCAACCUAUCGGUAAACCUCUAUCAGGACAUUCACUCACCAUCACUCGAAUCGCAUUUAGUCACGAUGAGCGCAUGAUACUCUCCGCGUCGAGAGAUCGAUCAUGGAGGCUGUUCAGGCAGAUAGAAGGAUCGCAAGGAGAGUACGAGCCUAUAGGGGAUAAUGCCUCGCAUGGGCGUAUCAUCUGGGACUGUGCGUGGAGCACAGACGACAAGAUCUUUGCCACAGCUUCGAGAGACAAAACCGUACGCAUAUGGAGUGGUUCCGAGGCCGACCUGGGCAAAGCACUCUCGACCAUUAAGCUGAAGGAGGCCGCGACAGCCGUUGCACUCACAGAAUACUCCCAAAAGCAACCUGGCGACCCGGGUGCACAAACCCUCAACAGCUUGCCAUGUGUAGCGAAGAUCGAACCAUGA